AUGUCAUCAUUGAUGGCCGCCACAGCUGAAGAGGCAACAGAGUGGGCGGUGGACGGUGACACCAGGAGGUCGUGUCAGAGUAAAGGCAAAACUCAGGAGGAGUGCCAGAACUACAUCCGUGUUCUGCUCCUCAGUGGCAAGAGGGUGUUCACCUGUGGCACCAACGCAUUCACCCCCAUCUGCUCCACCCGACAGAUUGGUAAUCUCAGUAGAGUUCUGGACACGAUGAACGGCGUUGCCCGAUGUCCGUACGACCCGCGCCACAACUCCACUGCCAUGGUAACGGAACGCGGCGAGCUGUACGCCGCCACCGUCAUCGACUUCUCCGGCCGAGACCCCGUCAUCUACCGUAGCCUUGGCAACAUGCCCCCCCUGAGGACCGCCCAGUACAACUCCAAGUGGCUCAACGAGCCCCACUUUGUGUCGGCGUACGAGGUGGGCCGCUUCACGUACGUCUUCCUGCGCGAGACGGCGGUGGAGUACGACUGCGGCAAGACGGUGUUCUCGCGCGUGGCGCGGGUGUGCCAGGGCGACGUGGGCGGCCGCUUCCUAUUGGAGGACACGUGGACCACCUUCAUGAAGGCGCGGCUGAACUGCUCGCGCUCCGGAGACAUCCCCUUCUACUACCACGAGCUGCAGAGCACCUUCUUCCUGCCCGAGCAGGACCUCAUCUACGGCGUCUUCACCACCAACGUGAACAGUAUAGCGGCGUCUGCAGUGUGUGCGUUUAACCUGAGCGCUAUAGCCCAGGUGUUUAACGGACCCUUCCGUUACCAGGACAACCCACGGAGCAGCUGGCUCUCCACCCCCAACCCCAUCCCCAACUUUCAGUGUGGCACGGUGGGUGACGGGGGUCCGGGUGUGACGAACAUGACGGAGCGCAGCCUCCAGGACGCCCAGCGCCUCUUCCUCAUGGCCGACGUCGUCCAGCCCGUCGCCACGGAGCCCCUGGUUGCCCAGGACAACGUGCGCUUCUCCAAGCUGGUGGUGGACAUCGUGCAGGGCCGCGACACACUCUACCACGUCAUGUACAUUGGCACGGAGCACGGCACCAUCAUCAAGGCUCUCUCCACCACCAAUCAGAGCCUGCAUGGCUGCUUCCUGGAGGAGAUGGAGCUCCUCCCCCCAGGGCAGCGCGAGCCAAUCCUGAGCCUGCAGAUCCUGCACAGUGAUAGGUCGCUCUUCGUGGGCCUCAACAGUCGCGUGCUGAAGAUUCCGCUCGAGAGGUGCUCUAACUACCCCACACGACAGGCGUGUCUGGGUGCCAGAGAUCCGUACUGUGGGUGGGACCAACAGCAGAGACGCUGCAGCACCAUCGAGGAGAGCGCCAGUAUGAGCCAAUGGAGUCAGGACAUCACAGAGUGCCCCGUGCGAAACCUCACCCAAGAUGGCGGCUUUGGGCCCUGGGCGCCAUGGCAACCGUGUACCCAUGACGAUGGGGAGGGGGCCAAUGCGUGCGUGUGCCGCCUCAGGUCCUGCGAUAGCCCCGCCCCCCAGUGCGGAGGUGCCCAGUGUGACGGUCCGACCAUAGAGGUGGCCAACUGUUCCAGGAGCGGAGGGUGGACCCCCUGGUCUCCAUGGUUACAGUGCAGCACCAGCUGUGGGAUGGGCUUCGAGGUGCGACAGAGGUCCUGCAACAACCCCUCCCCCCGACACGGAGGACGAGUGUGUGUGGGACAGGCCCGUGAGGAGAGGCUGUGUAAUGAGAAGACCCAGUGUCCGGCGUCUGUCUCCUGGACUUCCUGGAACUCCUGGUCCAAGUGCAGUGCAGCGUGUGGGGGCGGAGUCCACUCCCGCGUCAGGAGCUGCGAGAACGGCAACAACUGCCCAGGCUGCCCUUUGGAGUACAAGGCCUGUAAUCUGGAGGCGUGUCCGGAGGUGCGGAGGAACACGCCGUGGUCGCCGUGGUUACCGGUGAACGUGACGCAGGACGGCGCCCGUCAGGAGCAGCGCUGGCGGCACACGUGCCGCGCCCUCCUGCCCCACGCCCACCAGCUGCAGCUGGGCAAACGCAAGACGGAGACGCGCCUCUGCCCCAACGACGGCAUCACACCCUGUGAGACGGACGCUCUGGUGGAGGACUUGCUGAGGGUGGAGCGGCCUUUGAUCCGCCCUCAGGGCGCGGCCUGGUCGCCGUGGGAGACGUGGGCCAGCUGUUCUAAGGAGUGCGGUAAGGGGUUCCGCACGCGUAAGCGGGCCUGUGCCACUGCUGAGGGCAGGAGCGCCCCCCCCCACGCCUGCUCCGGGUCACCGGCGGAGUACCAGGACUGCAACCCCCAGCCCUGCCCAGUGAAAGGUGCCUGGUCCUGCUGGUCUUCCUGGUCGGAGUGUUCUACUUCCUGUGGCGGAGGUCACUACCAGCGCACGCGCACCUGCACAAACCCCGCCCCCAAACACUCCGGGGACAUCUGCAUCGGCCUCCACACUGAGGAAGCCCUGUGUAACACUCAGGAGUGUGAAGGUGGGUGGGGCUCAUGGACUGAGUGGGCGGAGUGUGACGGGGAGGGGCUGCAGGUGAGGACACGCCCCUGUGAUGUAAGCUCCGCCCCCUGCGUGGGCAACGCCACAGACCAGAGGGGAUGUCCUCCUAAAGAGAGCUCAGUGCUUCAACCAGGAUCAGACAACGGCUCUCGCUGUCCAGAUGUGCGAUAG